CCUCCCCGUCCUUCCACUGGUCCAAGCGCCACCAUUGCCUCGCUCUCGACCCAGCUCUCGCGAGACUUCUCCUCCUCGUUGGCAUUGAAUCAACGAGCAAUGGCCUUGGCUUCUGGUUCCGCUCUCACCUCCAAAUCCUUCUUCUCCUCCCAAUCUCUCUCCGGUGGCGGAGGUCGUGCCGAUCACCUUCUUCCUGCCGUUCUCAACGCAAAGGUACGCCCUGUGGCUCGCCCGAUCUCCGCCGUACAUGCGGCCGAGCCGGCGAAGAACCCUGUGGUCGUUGAGAAGCCAGCGGUGCCGGUGAAGUCAGGGAAAUGGGCUGUGGAUAGCUGGAAGACAAAGAAGGCUUUGCAGCUGCCCGAGUACCCUAACAAGGAGGAGUUGGAUUCGGUUCUCCGCACUAUUGAGAGCUUCCCGCCGAUCGUGUUCGCUGGUGAGGCGCGGCACCUCGAGGAGCGGCUCGCUGAGGCCGCUCUCGGCCGCGCGUUCCUCCUCCAGGGUGGCGACUGCGCUGAGAGCUUCAAGGAGUUCAACGCCAACAACAUCCGUGACACCUUCCGUAUCCUUCUUCAGAUGGGCGUCGUCCUCAUGUUCGGUGGCCAGGUGCCAGUCAUUAAGGUUGGGAGGAUGGCGGGGCAAUUCGCCAAACCAAGAUCGGAAGGUUUCGAAGAGAAGAACGGGGUGAAGCUGCCGAGCUAUCGAGGGGACAAUGUGAACGGGGACGCUUUCGAUGAGAAAUCGAGGAUUCCAGACCCUCAGAGGAUGAUCAGGGCGUAUUGCCAAGCGGCGGCCACGCUGAACCUCUUGCGGGCCUUCGCUACUGGUGGCUAUGCCGCUAUGCAGCGUGUGACGCAGUGGAAUCUCGAUUUCACGGACCACAGCGAGCAGGGUGACAGGUACAAGGAACUAGCACACCGUGUUGACGAGGCCUUGGGGUUCAUGGCCGCAGCUGGGUUGACUGUUGACCAUCCUAUCAUGACAACCACUGACUUCUGGACAUCACACGAGUGCCUUCUCCUUCCCUACGAGCAGUCUCUCACACGUGAGGACUCCACAACCGGUCUCUUCUAUGAUUGCUCCGCCCACAUGCUCUGGGUCGGUGAGCGCACUCGUCAGCUUGAUGGAGCCCACGUUGAGUUCCUCCGUGGCGUUGCCAAUCCUCUUGGAAUCAAGGUGAGUGAUAAGAUGGAUCCUAGAGAGUUGGUGAAGCUGAUUGAAAUCUUAAACCCAACUAACAAGCCUGGAAGGAUCACUAUAAUCGCCAGAAUGGGAGCUGAGAACAUGAGGGUCAAGUUGCCACACUUGAUCAGGGCUGUCCGUGGUUCAGGUCAGAUAGUCACCUGGGUCAGCGACCCCAUGCACGGCAACACCAUUAAGGCCCCAUGUGGUCUCAAGACUCGUCCUUUUGAUUCCAUUCUGGCGGAAGUAAGAGCAUUCUUUGAUGUGCAUGAGCAAGAAGGAAGCCAUCCAGGAGGUGUACACCUUGAAAUGACCGGCCAAAACGUCACUGAAUGCAUUGGAGGAUCACGUACUGUUACCUUCGAUGACCUCAGUUCCCGCUACCACACCCAUUGUGACCCCAGACUCAAUGCAUCCCAAUCCCUGGAGCUGGCUUUCAUCAUCGCUGAGCGUCUGAGAAAGAGAAGGAUUCGUUCACCCAGAACCGAUGACCUUCAAUCUUUGCCCCCUUUGGCUUUCUAAACUACUAUCCAACCUGAGCAUCCUUAUCUUAUCUCGGCUUUAUUAAUCUGAACUACUUCUUGUUCUUUUUUCCUUUUUUUUUUAAAAAAAAAAAUUUAAGUUACAUGUGGCUUGUAUUUUGUAUGUAAUGCAAGGGUGUAAUCUAUCUAUGUAUUACCUUUGUGUACUAUUUGUUUGGUUUCCCGGGCAGAGAAUAAAAGAAGAAAAAGAAAUAUUUCAAUUAUGCA